AUGUUUCGCGCACUACUACUGUUGUUCUUCGCAUCCAAAACGGCCCUCGCUGACGUGAGCAGCUUACUAGGGGGCUACAACUACCCCCAACCGAUCCCGCCAAUCUACUUCGAAGAACCGUCAACCCCCUCCAACGUGUAUUUACCUCCCGUACUCCAAGACGAAAUCAUCCCCUCGGACUUACCGCCCGUGCAAAUACCGACCUACCUACCCCCUGGCUUGUACCCGCCCCUAGCUACCCCUCCGGAAAUCUUCAGCGACGAAGACACCGUGGUGAUUCCCUCCCCUACUUCGGUGCCCCUUUACCAAGCUCCUGUCCCGCAGAUAAAAAUCCUGAAUAUGUCCUGCGUGUUGGACACCUCCUUCAAAACCCUGCUGCGGUUGGACGGCAGGGGUUCUUUUCCACCCACCCCCGUCGUGGAUAAUGGUUCGGAGGGGUGCAUAGCGCAGAAGUCUGCCGGGGUUUUUAGCUUGGAGAUGGAGGGGGUCAGGAAGUUGACGGAGUGCGGGGUGCGCAGGUGUUCCUCGGGGAUCGGUUCUAGGGCCAGUAUGUGCGCGGUCGUGAGGGUUCCGACUGUGCGAGGUUUGAAGUUGCCGGAGGAUUUGGUGAAUGGUAUAUGUGAUGAUGCCAAUGCUGGACCGUUACGGAAUAGAAGAUCAAUAGGUGAAAAUGCCACAACAAAUUGGGAAUCUCAGAUUCAGUUCAGAGUGCAGCUGCCACAAGAUGAACCUACUUUUUCUGAGAUUAAUAGAAGUAUGACAUUUUCAUCUAAGGGAUUUAUACUGUUAGCCUCGGUAUUUGGUCUGUGUAUUUUUGCUAUCAUGGCUAUAUUUCUAGUCAUUUCCAAAAGAAAGGAAUACGCCAGUCGGCAAAAUGAUAUGUUCUGA